AUGGCUCCCUUCAAGACAAGUUUCACCAUCUUGGCCGCAUUCUUUUCCCUCACCUUUCUCACUACGAUCAAAUCCGAGACACUGUUCGCUCGAGAACUAUCUGCUCCAGAUCAGUUCGGGCUCAAACCCGAGAAGAUGACCCAUCUCCGCUUCUAUCUUCACGACAUAGUCACCGCGCAGCACCCUACUGCCGUGCCCGUCGCCCAAGCAGCGACAACAAAUACAUCAUCUACGUUUUUUGGUCUCGUCAUGGUCAUGGACGACCCGUUGACCGUGGGCCCAGACCUGAACUCAACGCUCGUCGGGAGAGCUCAGGGAAUGUUUGUGAAGUCAUCACAAAGCGAGUUGAGCCUCACCAUGACGAUGAACUUGGUUUUCACGGAAGGAGCGUACAAGGGGAGCACGUUGAGCGUCUUGGCGCAGAACUUGAUUUUGAAGAAUCCGAGGGAGCUGGCCAUCGUCGGCGGGACUGGCGUUUUCCGGUUCGCUCGUGGAUAUAUUCAGCUGAGAACUCACACUAUCAAUAUGACGACGAAGAAUGCGAUCGUGAAGUACGAUGCUUACGCAUUACAUUACUGA